CAAAAGACCACCAGGCCGGCCUGACGAGACCUGUCGCGCAGCUCGGCACCGCUUUACUUGGCUCCGCCAACGGGAUCAUCUCUCCACCGCGCCCUCCUUCUCCAUUAGCGACCAACUUGAUCGGCCGAGGCGCUCAGCAAACGUUACUGUCGAAGUCUGUUGUGGUUUUUAAGGGAGGCGAUCCUCCCAUCGCGAACUGCCAGCGACCACGGCCAAACGAACCGCUCGCGAUCGACACGCUGUCUCAUUAUUGCAUCGGUUGAUUUAGUCAUGGCACUCGAAGGGCCAUUGCGAUCGUCCAUCGGUAGCCAGCUCUCGGGGUUCUCUCACCAUCACAAAGACAUGUCUGUCUCGUCGCCAGACUUCGGAGGCUCCCCACUCGCCCUUCAUCAGCAUGUCUUCGGCGAGCUCAGAUCGCUCGGCUCCGUACUCCAACUCCCUGCGACCGAGCUCCAUCCAAAGGCUUCCCGUCAGCAAUAUGAAUCUCAUGAGCCCCAGUGAUAUCGUCGGCCCCUCGCCAGUUACCUCGAACGGAACUGAAACAACCGAGAUCGAGGAUGAAGAAGCGGAAGAGAAUGAUGCCCACAUCAUGGCUCAUGCAUCGUCUCCUCCACAGCUUCGAAUGCUGGCGACGAAUUUGCCCGAUCACCUGCGACAGCCGACAACCGAAGAAGCAGUCUCCGUGAUACACGCUCCUGAGAGCUUCCAGGCAUGGACUUCUUCUGAGCCGACAACAAAGUCAGAGCACACCAGCA